AUGGAGUUUGGGUACGAGUUCGAUUCCCUCUCUGAGUUACCUCCACUUCCACAAGAGUUCGAUUCCAUGGAGUAUUCCAGAAACUAUCCUUACACCAUCACUCCUCUCGACUCUCUAGCUCCGUUUCCUUCUUCCGAUUUCACUCUCUCCACCGGCGGCUUCACCUUCUCCGACCAAUACCAAGACCUUCUCCAGCUCCAACAGCAAAGUGCUGACUCGCUAUUCCUCGACUCGGCUCUGUCUCUCUUCACUCGCGACCACCUCUCCGAAUCGACUCGUUUGGGAAAGCUCUUCCACGAAGACGUAGCAACACCGUUUCUCCACUUGCCGGAUCUCAAAUCCUUCGAGUACACCACAACCGACGUCUCCGCCGUGGAAAACACGAAGCCGUUUCUCUCUCUCUCCCCUCCUCAUCCCGAGAAACGACGCCGUGUCGGCUCUACCUUCACCAUCUCCCCAUCGCCGUCUUCCUCUUCGAACUCCAAAUCUCCGGCGCGGUCUUCCUCUCAGGCGACAUUCGGCGGUGACCGGCGGAAGAAGAUCUCCGAUAAAAUCAGGUCGCUGGAGAAACUCAUGCCGUGGGAGAAGAAGAUGAGCUUGGCUACGGUUCUCGAGGAAGCUCACAAGUACAUCAAGUUUCUCCAGUCUCAGAUCUCCGCGCUCCGCUGGAUGCCUCUCGAAUCCGUCUACUGCACUGCCGGAGAAUUCGGAGAAUCCGAUCUGCUCAAAUCCCUGACACGGCAACAGAUUCUGCAGGUGCUCGCAAAUUCCCCAGGCGCACGGACCGUGCUCUCCACGCGCGGUGAAUGCGUCUUCUCGUACGAACAGCUUCUUUCCGUGAAGAUGCUUGCUCAAUCGGCCAGAAACCUCUGA